UAUCGUACCUGUAGAGAUACAGAGUGAGAGCGUAAAUAGCAAAGCUAAAGCGGAAGAAAAUAAAAUAAUGCACGCUUACACUUCGUACUGUUACGCACGAUUACGUAGGAUACAGUAGCGAUUGCGGCGAUACAUAACAUUCAAGUAAAUAUAUCAAGACGCAGACGUACUGUUCCUAGCAGCAGUGACAUUGACCAUUUUCUAGUCAAAGCAGUGUGCUAAAGCUCAAAAAAAUGUCGCUUAUUUACAAAAAUUCUAUGAAAACUAUUGGUAAAUUUGUACCUGAAAAAUUACAGCCACUGUGGAAUCAUCCGGCUGGUCCGCAGACAAUAUUUUUUUGGGCGCCAGCAUUCAAAUGGGGUCUCGUGAUUGCUGGUCUUGGAGAUUUACAACGACCUGCUGAUAAAAUAUCUAUCAGUCAAUCAAGUGCACUUGGAAUAACUGGAGUAAUCUGGACACGAUAUUCAAUGGCUAUAACACCAAAAAAUUGGAGCUUAUUCAGUGUUAAUCUCUUUGUAGCGUUCACUGCACUCUAUCAAGUUGCCAGAGCUAUCAAAUAUCAAAGGGAACAAGCGAGUUUAGUCGGAAGUAGUGGAGUAACAACACAUUUCAAGCGAUUAAUGAUAAUAUUGAUAUAAUGAUGAUAAUAAUGAUAAUAAUAGCAAUGAACGGACAUUCCUCUACUUAUAGUUAAUACAAGUAUAGAAAAAUAGGUAUAUUUGUAAAAAAUAGUGUCAAUUAAAAUAAUUAUUAUAGUUUAUAUGAUAAAUUGAUAUUUUAAAAUCUGUGAUACAUUAUUAUUAUUAUCGUUAUCAUUAUUAUUGACAAUCUAAUAGAUAAUAUUUCAAUUAAAAAUCAUAUAUCUUCGAAAUAAGAUACAUUUGACUCAAAUCGAAAUCUCUAUAACCAAAGAAUUUAAUAUUCUUUAUAAUGCUCAUAUAAAAAUUAUACUUCCAAUUUUA